GCGACUCGUAUCGCUUGGUGCAUUAGGAUCGACUCUCUCCUUACAUGUCACUGAGUCACAGAUGUCUCUCUCCAUCGCACAGCAGCAGAGUGGAAUGCGACAAAUGGGUCCGCGUGAGUGACUGACUGUGAUUGACGGCACCAAUCGGUGAGUCGAUCGGGCCGUCAAUCGGUCAGCCAGCCCCGCACACACACUGGUGGCACGCCGCCUAAUCUAUCGGAUCGGCUGCCUCAUCAAUGGCCUCCCUCGGACAUCCUAUCAUCUCUACCUACACCAUUCCAUACCAUUGGAUACCGUAUUGACCAUAGCAUCCAGCUGAGCUGAGCUGUACAUAUCCAUCGAUCGCUGCACACUCUCUACAGCAGCCAGCCAGCCAGCACCACACGCAUGGCAUGCAAUGCAGCCCAUCCGUCUUAAGUGGGUGGAUACAAGACACGUGUCUAGCUAAGCUGUUCUAUCCUGCAUCAUUCUGGCGGCUCCUGCACGGCCGCAAUGACUGUUUUCGGCUCUUCGAAGGCCAUCAGCAGGUGCUUCAGCGUGUCCAAAAAGUACCCUGGACACACACACACACACACACACAGGUAGACGCGAUCAUGCGCGAAAACGUCCGUCUGCCUUAUAUAGUGGAGGUUGAGGUGCCUGACUGACUGACCGAUGUUGAGUGCUGGUGUGCCGAAGAAGGUCAUGACGAGUGGCAGGUAGUUGACCUGGAUGCACACCGUGUCCUCAAGGUACGUCUGCACACACACACACACACAACACACACAUUCCACACAGAGGCAGGCCAUGAGGAGCAACACACACGCAUGAAUCUCCCACCCGCCACUUGGCUCACAAUGAGGUAGUUGGUCGGGCCCAGCGACGAGAGUUUGCCAAUCUAAACCGCAGACAGAGCCAUGCAGUGCAAUGCAAUGCGAUGCAUGGAUUGGAUCAGCGAAGCCAUCUUUGCGUAUAUAUCAGCCACCUGACCUGCAGCACAGCACACGGAUCUCACCUCACCUGGUCUGCACUGAUGGAGAAGACGGUUGUGAGCAUCUGGAUGACCCCUGGGUCAUGCACUGCCUCAGGCGGAGCUGACACACACACAUACAGAUACAAACAACACCAGGAGGGAGAUCCCUGCACUGAGCAUCCCUCGCCUCCUGCACUGAGCCGCAUCUGAGUUACGUACGGUUGGUCCCUCCCCGACCUUUCAUCAUGAGCACACCGUCCCUAUCGGUGAUGACAGCUGUCUGCAGGCCUGCGACGCUGCAGCAAGCAAUGCAACCACACACAGACACACAGACAGACAGACAGACAGACAGACAGACGCACAGCACAGCACAGCAAGGAGGCAGGGAGGGAUGCAAUACAAUGCAUAGAUCAGAGUCGUCAUGCAAUGCAAUGGUUGCAACGAUAGUUAGUGGCUGGCUCUAACUUUUGGCAGAUCAUCUCCAGGAACUCCUGCAGCGUCAUAGUCCCCAUCAUCUCGCCCUCUUCACGCGCUCUUCAACAUGCGAGCUUGUAAGCUCGCGAGACCCAGACUAAGGAGAACGAAGACGGCAGCGCGACCCCCUUACCGAGUGUGUGUAGAUCCCCCUACCAUCUUGCCGCAUCGCUCCCGCCCGCGCGCAACCACGAGGCGUGUCUGCCGCAGUGAUCAGAUCACCGCACCGCGUUCAACGUCCCACACAUAGAUGACGUGCUGAGCGAGGCAGCUGAGCUGGU